AUGAGUUCCCUCGAAGAUCUAAUAGUUGCUGCAUCUAGCGAGACAAACACAUCCGAGAACUGGACGGCAAUCAUUCAAAUAUGUGAGCGGGCAGACAAAACCGAUACAACUGCUAGAGACGCUGUAUCAAUCAUCACGAAACGAGUCCAACAUAAGAAUGUCAAUGUGGUAUUAUUCACAUUAACAAUCGCAAACUCGCUCGUCCAGAACUGUGGGAUGGCAGUCAAGCGAGAAAUAUGUUCAAGAGUGUUUGUAGAUGCUCUCGUCAAACUCGUAUCCAACAGGGCUAUUCAUGAGACUAUUCGGACUCGGGUAUUGGAUUUGGUUCAGCAUUGGGCUGAGGCUUUCAAAAGUGAACCUUCGUUAGGGUUUAUGGUGGAUACGUAUAAUCAACUCAAAGCGCAAAAUUAUCAAUUCCCUUCUGCGCAAAAGCAAGCGCCUGUUGAGAAGUCAAGGUCACAAAUCCAAAAAGAAAAGGAAGAUGAAGAGUUGCAGCUGGCUCUCGCAAUGUCCAUGUCUGCUGCUGAGAAAGAAGAAGCUGCUCUCAAAAGGAGAUCAUCACCUCCAAGACAAAUUCAACCCGAAAUCGAAUUCCAUGUACGAGCACUAUACGACUUUCCCGGCUCAGAAGAAGGAGAACUAGCCAUGGCUCGUGGCGAUAUUGUCGCAGUAUACGAUUCAGUGACAUUCCGAGAUUGGUGGAAGGGAGGUCUACGUGGUCGAAAUGGUAUCUUUCCUGCGAAUUAUGUGGAAAAGAUUGUUGGAACUGUGCCUGUUGAGACUGGUGUUGCAACAUCGACGAAUGUUGGUGGUGGUAUAGAGGCACAGGUGAUGUCUCAAGCACAUCGAUUGGAUGAGUUUGCAGGUAUUUUGGCAUCUGUUGAUCCAAGGAGGGAUAACUUGUCAGAGAAUGAGAGGUUGCAGGACACUUAUAAUGUUGUGCUGAGUCUACGACCCAAAAUCAUCAAGGCUAUGGAAGCUAGUAAAGCCAAACGAGAUGAAUUGGGAAUGAUCAAUGAUCGCUUCUUACGCGCUAUACAGACAUAUCAACAUUUGAUGGAAUUGGCAGCGCAGCAACGAGCCAUGUAUUCUGUUCCACCACCGCAGCAACUGCAACAGAUGCCACCACACAUGUAUCAACAUCCUCCACUACCUCAACAACAACCGUAUGGAUAUGCUCCACAGUAUUAG